UGAACGCAGCAUAGAGGCGCCCUCUCUUUUCGUGUUUGGCAGACCGAAGUCAACUUCGACUUAAUCCUCGAAGCAGCAUGUCUUCUGAGGAGAUUUAUCUGUCUUACCAUGGAGUUCUGCUCCCGAAGGAGACUCACUCGUUGGAGAGUUUGAGGUUUGCGCAGGAUUUCACCUUUAAAGACGAUGAUGUGGUGGCGGUCGUGUAUCCAAAGUCAGGUACAGUCUGGAUGCAGGAGAUCCUCCCUCUGGUGCUGAAUGGAGGAGAUCUGACUCCGAUUCACACUGUUCCUAACUGGGACAGGGUGCCCUGGCUGGAGGAGAAAAGAUUAGAAGUGGUAGUGGAUAAGUUGGCUUCCCCACGGCCUAUGGUCUCACACCUUCCAUACCACCUCAUGCCCCCCUCUUUCCUCACCUCUAAAGCCAAGGUGAUCUAUGUCAUGAGGAACCCCAGAGACGUCAUGGUGUCGUCAUACUUCUUUCAUCAGAUGGCUGGAUUCCUCCCAGAUCCAGGAACGUUCGAUGAGUUCAUGAACUCUUUCCUGGAGGGCAAAGUGAUGUUUGGAAAAUGGACAGACCACGUGAAGAGCUGGAAACACACAGAGCUGGGUGACAGAAUAAUGUACAUCACAUAUGAGGAGAUGGUUCAGGACCUUCCUGCAGCUCUCAGGAGGAUGUCAGAUUUCCUGGGUCGUGAUCUGAGUGAGGAAACCAUCCAGAAGAUUACAGAGCACUGCUCCUUCAAGACCAUGAAGGACAACGUCAUGUCCAACUUCAGCCUGGUGCCGAAGGUGUACCUGGACAACGACAAAUCUCCAUUCCUCAGGAAAGGUGUCAUAGGAGACUGGAAAAACCAUUUCAGCUCAGAACAGCUGGCCAAAUUCACGUCAGUCAUUGACAAAGAUCUGGAGAAGGAGAGCUUCACUCUGCCCUGGAGCUUGGACUGAACAGCAGACAGGUGUUUAGUGCUAAAUACUUUUGAUAGUUUUGAUAGAUACUGUUUCAUUUUCUGUCUUCCUGAUGUUGUAUACCUGAUGACUGCUUUUGAAAACAAUUAUGACACCAUGUUUAUAUUUUUGUGGAAGCUGUUUAUCAGGAAUGCCAUGAAGCGAUACCCUGAAAUUUGGCACAAACUAGAAACUGUACUAAAAGAUGAUUGGAUCAUAUUCUGGUAGCAGAGGUCAAGGUCACUCUGUUGGAAAUAUAUCAGUACACAGUAGCUUUACUGGUUGGCCGAGGGGUACACAUGCAAUAAUGACACAAAAAGUAACAGCUGCCCUUCCUGUACCAAAGUGUCAACCUGCCAAAAGUGAGCAAGUGAACAAAAUAAAAACAACAAAACAGAAAAAAGAAGAAAAAACAAAAGAGACAAGAAAGACUUUUGUAAGUUGACAUCAACCACAUUUGACUUUUUUUUGUAUUUUAGUUCUCCUGAAACUAUUUGAUUAAGUUUUCAUGGAAUGAUAAAUAUUUUAUUAAUAGUAUUAUUCAUUUAACAUUUGACUAUUGUUUCACUAUCAUUGAUUUAUUUCCCAGUUAUUGAAUAAAGUUUUUACUGAAAGAAAAGUGAA